GUGCUAAGCAAAUAUUAAAAUCAAGAAACUAUCCUAAAAGCCUGCUCUGUGUGGUUAAUAUUUGUGCAAAUUGCAGUUCCAGCGCACCUGUUUUUGACAAGGAAAAGAAGUACGGCUUUGGCACGGGUUUUAAAGUCGUAGGCGGAUACGACUUUGUCGGUGAUGACUGGGUAGCUGGAUCGACAAGGAGUCCCGAUGGGGAUCCGUUGAACCAGAGCGGCCAUGGUACUCACGUUGCCGGGAUUGUGGCAGGUGAAUCGGAGUCAGGAUGGGUGGGAGUGGCUCCCAAGCCACCAUCUACUCUUACAAAGUUUUCGGCGCCGGCGAUGGCACGUAUGAGGACAUUAUUAUUGAAGCAAUGCUGAAAGCAUUUGAGGAUGAUGUUGAUGUCAUCACUAUUAGCAUAGGGGGCCGUGGUGGGUGGGCGAAUAGUGUAUGGGCGGUAGUAGCAAGUCGAAUCGCUGAUGAGGGAGUGGUGAUGACUAUUGGAGCUGGAAACUAUGGUACGGGCGGUCCGUAUUAUGCUAGCUCAGGGAGCUCUGGCGAGAACGUCCUCUCAGUUGCGUCAGCCGAGGUGAGCAAGGAUGGAGUUGGCGAAACAAAACAGCCAAGCUACUUUUCGAGCUGGGGCGGGCUUUACGAUCUUCAAGUCGAACCAGACAUUGCGGCUCCUGGAACCAACAUCUUCAGCGCUUGGCCUGGUCUCAAUGUAAAUGGAGCCAUUUUCUCCGGUAUGAAUAGCGUAGAUCCUUGGCACUGGAAUCUUUGUAUGCGAGGCGACGUAUUGCAUGGCCUCCACCUCGGGGGGGUCGCAUGGUCCCUUGAUGAGGCGAUGCCAGCUUACUCUCACCGUGGAGGGGCCAAGGGGACGGAAGAGCAGCCUGCCGAACCAAAGUCGCAGUCGCAGUGGGAAUAGAGUCCCGAUGGAUAGACCCAUGGAUGUAGAAUCUUUAGAUUGUCGAGAAUAGGUCUGGGAAUGAAUGUUAGAAUGGAAAGAUGUAUCUAACAAGGGCUUCGGUUGGGCGGUAUACAGCUUG